AUGGCUCUGAGACUCUCGCUCCUCCACAUCUCGGCCGUCGUCCUCGUUGUGUUGUUCUCCUUUCUCCUGAACAACAGCGAGUCGGCCGCGACGCAGGGUGCCUGUGCAACUCACGACCAUCCCAACCCACUGGCCGAGCUGUUUCCGAACAACGCCACCGGUGUUCUCAAUGCGACGCUGGCCAUCAUUCCGAUCCCGCUAGCCACCGCUCGCCGGCUGAUCCCACCCCAGUACGGCAUCCUCGAGCGAGCUUACCGUACCCUGAUUCCCAACUUCCCCGAAGGGAUGUAUCCCGUUAUGGUGCAGGCAGCCCAUGACCAUGACGUCCAGUUUCGGGCCUACGGCAUCACCAUGGAUGACUUCUCGCGUGUUGGAUUCGAGUUUCCGUUCUUGGACCUCACCGGCGACGGCUACUCCUCGUUCCGCUGGGCUCCAGCGCAGCUCAUCAGCGCGACCAACGAUAUCGCGCUGGACGGAUCACGAGCGUACGGUACCCUCGUCUCGCCGGCCGAGUACGAGCCGGCAUGUAAUGCGUACCGGCAAUUAGCCAACGGGGCAACGUACUUCAAGGGCUCCAGCCUUACAUCCGCCGAGUUCGUGGAGCUGGAGAUGACGCGCCUCCAGCAUCCCACCCUCAGCCCGUACUCACUGGAGCUGUUCAGGAACAUUACGAACCAGCCGACCUUUGCAAACGCAACAUCGUGCGACAACAUGAUCCGGCUGUUCAACACGAGCAUGUCAGUCGGCGCCCACGCGCCAGUGCCGGUGCGCGGCAGGGUCAGGGCGCGCGCCUUCCCGUUCCAGGGCGGCGUGAAGGAGUGGGCAGACGUCUAUGGCGUGCAGGUGGCGACGCCGUUCAUCGAGAACAACUAUCUCGACUGCCGGACGAUGAGGGGAUACUCGGGGACCGGCGGGCCGGGCGACUCGUACAUGUCAGGUUUUAAUUCUAAUGAUGAAUUGUGA